AUGAGUGAGGUUAAACUCAUAUCGAGAGAUCAACAAGAGUUUACACUAUCAAACGAGGCUGCUGUGCUUUCCCCCAUGUUAAAGGGCAUGAUAUCGCGGAAGUUUGCCGAGGGCCAGGAACACGAGAUUAGACUGACAGAGAUAAGCUCUGAAGCUUUGAGACUAGUUGUUAAUUAUUUGGAAUAUCUUCAGAAGUAUCAAGAUUGCGCAGAAGACGAGGAUAUACCUGAAUUUGAAGUUCCAACCGAAAUGUCUCUGGAACUGCUGCUAGCAGCAGAUUAUUUGAAUAUCUAA